UUCGGCAUCCUGGCGGACAAAUUAAGGCAUGUGUCGAAGUACUGGUGGAGAGCCAGCGAUUCCAGCCCGUGGCGGCAGCUGACGUAUCAGCAGUUGCUCGAGAUGGGCGAGCGCCAGCCUCCGACUCACGGCGUGCUCCAAGUACUGGCGAAGGACACGACCGUCGCUUGGUGCCGACUUUCCAACGCUGGCGGCUCAGUUCUUCCAGUGGUUCAGUGCGGGGCCGUCGCCACUCCGCCGCGCUUCCUGUCAGGGAGCGACGCCUCCACGUUAGCGGAAGCCCUUUUCGUCGAUACUCUCGAAGAUCUUCGGAUUUCAAGCAUCCUCGAUAUGACUCGCAGUGUACCCCUUGUGGCAGUCUCGUGCAUGGGCGACUUGGACAGUGGAAAUGUUCGGGCUAAACAAUGGCUUGCCGACUUGGUGAAUUCUACGAAUGUGAUGUCGCUGGCCAGAUCUUCGGGCGCCCGCGGCGUCGCCCUGCUCCUCGAUAACAAUUGCGCCUCGCACAUUCUGAACGUUGCUGCGGACCGCGCGUUCGGUGGGAAGAAGUUACUUCCGCAGUUGCACUCGGUGUCGGUCACGUUCAACCUUGGCAGCCAGUACAAGGGAUUCCGCCAGGCCCUGGACGCAGUUGCGAAGGCGGACCUUAGGGCUGGGGUGGGCUUCUUCCCCGGCCAGAUGCCCCCGCCCAGACUCCAGAACCGAAAUCGGCGAGUGCUCGAUGGCACGCUGCUCCGCGGUCUGAGCACGCGCGGCGGGGCUGCCGUGGUUGGCGACCUCGACCGGGAGCGCCUCGACCUCGCAGAGAGUUUGCUGAAGUUCUUCAAUGGCGAUUGGACGAAGAAUUGUCUCCACCACUGGUGUUGGGAGCCAGGUUGCUGCAACGGGCGAUCCCCAGAAGUCGCGAUGAGCAGGGCCGCAGGCCUCCUGGAGAAGGUGAUUCUCCAGCCGAUAUCGCAGCGGGUGCCCGCGCUCAAUCGUUGGCACACUUGGGGCCCAGCUUGCGAAGGAGUGGCUCUGGGCGCGUUCUUGCACCGCAUCCUUCCCAGGAUCGUCGGCUCCUGCGGCAUCGACAAUGACCGCGACGACGGCGCGGCGGAGGAGGGGGAUUCUUGGACCGAGUACAACAACAAGAAAGCCAGACAGUGCUCUGAAUAUUUAGGCAGUGAUGAUUUGCUUCGCCAGAUUGGGCUCGCGGUCAUUGCGUCCGAGCCCCUGGACCGCCUAUCUAAUCGAUUGCAGCAUUUAGACAAGGUUGGCAACGUAUUGGCCGACAUCCUUGGGCGAGACAACGGGUGUUUGGGUGAUUGCCAGCGCCGCUUUUACUACCUUCUCCACCGGCAUCUUGACCCUGGUGGUCUUGGAUGCGAUCGCACGACUUGGCCCAUCUCGCUGAUGAUAGAGUAUUCCGAAGAGAGUGAGUGCGAGGGGCUGCUCGACGAGAUGUUGUCUUCGGUCAUGUACUUGUCCAGCCAGGUCUGGGCGCGGCUCGAG